AUGGAAACUUGUGUACUGAUUCCUAGGGAAUUUUCCCUGGCUCUUGCGACGGAUCACGACAGAAAUUCAUGCUCGGAAAUUUUUAAAACAGAAGCAAGAUCCUUUUCUGCUGAUGUUAGGAUCUCUGUUUGGUCUAAUGUUUUUAUUCCUUCGGAAACUUUGAUCUAUCCGUUUCAAGGGUCUAUUCGGUUUGAUAAAAUUGAUCUUUAUUCGCUGCUUGAUGAUAAUGAUAUUAGACGUGAAUACGGUUGUUACGACGAAGUAUCAUUUUCAAACUACAAUCUCAACAAACGGCAAUGUAAUUGGAUAAGAUUUUUACGAAUUGUACAAAGUUAUAGCGAUCAAGUAAAUCUUAUCGGUACAAAAGUAAAGGGUGAUCCAAUAUUUGAAGUUAUUAAAGACGUCGAACCGGAUUCAGAGCUUGUUGCAUGGUUUUUACCAGCAUCUCAUGAAGACCUCGUCUUCAUAUCGCGUGACUUUUGCUCGCGUUCAGCAAUCUACAGGUGCACCAUCGACUCGAUUCUUGCUGAUCUUUCAAAAACAUUACUUUCACAUCAAAAUUCAUCACCUGUUAGAACAUCAUACUACGAACCAGAUGAAUAUGAAUCAACGUCUGAAGAAUCAUCUUCAUCUACUUUAUCGUUAACAAGUGAUCAUUUGGACUGCAGUAUUGUUACAACGAUAAAAAGAGGAGAACGUGUUCUUCUUCCUUGUGAAGUAUGUGGAAAAUCUUUUGAUAGGCCGUCUUUACUCAAGCGACAUAUGAGAACACAUACAGGAGAGAAACCCCACAUUUGCAUGGUCUGCAAUAAAGGAUUUUCAACGUCAAGUUCCCUAAACACCCACAAAAGAAUCCACAGCGGGGAAAAGCCUCACCAGUGCCUAGUAUGUGGAAAAAAAUUCACGGCCUCAUCAAAUCUGUACUACCACCGGAUGACUCAUAUCAAGGUGAAGCUUCAUCUAAGAGUAAUAUCCGUUACUCCUACAUCACAAGAAAAACCGCACAAAUGUUCGCAGUGCUCGAAAUCAUUUCCAACACCUGGGGACCUUAAAAGCCACAUGUACGUUCACAAUGGACUCUGGCCCUUCAGGUGUCAUAUUUGCAAUAGAGGAUUUAGCAAGCCAACCAAUCUUAAAAAUCACAUGCUUCUACACCUCGGCAGAUGCUCAAAUAAAAAAUUCAUUAAGGCUGAUUUAUGAAUAUGUACUAGAUUUUUAUACGGAGAGAAAAAAAUUUAUCUUAUUACUAUGUUAA